UGCACUGGAGAAGAAAGUAGUCAAAAGCAAAAUGGGGGAAAAAGUUGGCCUGCCUUGUUGUCAUGAAAUUCCCAGCUCAGAAAGCCUAUAUAAUUACCGGGUCUACUGGCAGAAGAACACCACGGAGGUAGUGCUUGCCUAUGCAGCGGGGAAGAUGAUCUCCAAGCUCGAGCGGUAUGAGAACCGGACAGAGAUGGAUGACAGGAACCUCACCCUGUGGAUCUCCCCUGUGGAAAUCCUGGACAAUGGCCCUUACCAGUGUGUAGUUCAGCACCUUGGAAUUUUGCAGAACCCAGUUGUUGUGUGUGAUGAGCCUGUCACCCUUUUUGUUACAGCUGACUUCAGUAACCCGAACAUAACAGCAGAAGUAUCCAAUCAUUCUUGUGAAUCAGCUGAGAUGGUGGUAAGCUGUUCUUCUCACGGAGGUUUCCCCAAACCCAAAAUCUCUGGAGCCGUCAACAACAUGUCCCUGAUGUGGAAUACCAGCAGGGUGUCCAAGUCCAGCCUCGGCCUGUACAACGUCACUGGCAAACUCUGGCUCAACAUCACCAAAGACGUCAGCUUCACUUGCUCCAUUGAAUACAAUGGCUUUGUCAAGUCCAGCAGUUGGCUUCUGAAAAAACCAAAUGAGUGUGUUGUCCAUACUGUGCCUCCAUCUUAUAAUGUUAUUACUGCUUCAAGUAUCAUUAUUAUCGUCUUCCUUUUGGCUAUCACCCUAGCAGCAAGAUACCUCCCAAGGCAUGUCUGUUCUCACUGUUGUGAGCCUCAGGAUUCAGUGGAAGAGGGUGUGAAAGAAUGUAUGAAGCCAUCUAUGAGCUCUAAAGUGACGUCUGAAACAUCAUCUGUAUGACCAGAUCGCAUUUGCAGGUUUCUUAUCCUGUGUAUUCCGCACUGCAGUCCCCACUGUUCGUUGUACAGCAAUGCUUAUUGCGUUGACCCUUUGGCUCUCUGAAAGGGGGUGACAGCAGUAGAAAACUCUGCUAAAGAAGACUGACAACAUAAUCUCGUGUGAAUGAACACAAAACCCCACCUGUGCCACAGAAGCUGUGGGGUAGUCUCGUUACAAUGGGGUCACUGGAAUUCCCACCGGGAGGACCCUCCGUGUUCCUGCAACAGGAUGGAAGAAGAGUGUCGUCAGCAGCAACAGAGCAGUUCAAGAGUUCGGGAUCCUCUGGUUUGAUGCCGCCUCUAUGAAAAUCAGGGGGCCUGCAGAGCCCUAGCAGGUAGCCCACGCCCACCUCACCCCUUUAGUAACGCAGAGCUGGCCUUUGGGAGACCCCAGACCCUGACACACAAUCUCAAGUCAGGCUGUGCCUCCAUGUUGCGACUGGGAGCAGCUAAACCUUCUUUUAUUUUGAGCCUCGCAUGGGUAUCUGCCAGUACUGUUCUUUGUGCUGGAUGACUUUGGACUUGGACUUGACCAUUACAGAUACGUGUCCCUUCUCCCCUAAAGAGGCAGUAAUGCACACACUUUUCCUGAAAAAGCACCUUGAGGUGGGACUAUAUGCCUCAUGCUUAUUUUCAGUGCUAUGAGACUUUUUAGGGAAUGAUUGCAUACUGAUGGCACACCUAACAGCUAACUAAUAUUGCUUAGUGGCAGCAGUGGCAGAAGUUCUCAUAACCUUUCUCUCCUGAAAGGACGGCCUCACCAACCCGGGCACCGAGAUGCAGCUCCAACGUUAAAUUACUCGACAAAACAGGAGCACAGCUGGCACGGCGCAGCCCACUGGUGGAGGCGCGUGUGAGCACACGCCUGUGCACACCUUUGCGCACACGCACACAUACAAGCUUUUAGAUGCAUUCCUUCCUACCUGCGCUUGCGGAGCCCCAUUUAAAUGUCUGUAACACUGGGUGGCUAUCUCGUGUGUAUCUAUGGUAAUGAGAUAUAACGCAGGGCCUCGCUUCCCAGGGGGCCAAGAAGGCCAAUGGCAUCCUGGCCUGUAUCAGGAAUAGUGUGGCCAGCAGGAGC